UGUUUCGCUAUUUGUUAUUGUCUGCCUGCAUGGGAAGGCUUUGCAACAAUAACAAUAUUUGAGAAUCCUUGACGGCAGCCGAAACGUCUAACAAUAUAAAAAGCGGCAAAGGGCUAAAAAAGCAAAAAAAAAUUAUAUAACGACAACAAGAAGCGGGUUCUUGAAAUUCCUAAAAAUAAAUAUUACUAGAAACUCCUAAAAUAUGACGUUAUCAAUGGAUCUUUACAAGGCGAGUUAUUCAUUCAAACUUGUAUGAUUUAUGAUUAGUCUUCGUGGCGAAUCGACCAAAUAAGCCUUGGAUAAUUUGCUUAUACCUUGUUAAAAAUCAGUGCUGAAGCAAAGGACCUCUCAAAAGAAAUAACUUUGAUCUUUCCUCCAAUGGCGACUCACUUUCUUCUCUGCCUCCUCUUCUCUUCUGGAAUGCUUGCUAAUAUUAAAGCAACACGUCAGAAGGAUUGGGAAAGCAAAUAUGAGGUAGAACAAUCUUGGGAGGAUCAGAAUUUUCGAGUCCUUUCGAGGUCUCUUUUCAACCAAUCAGUCAAGUGGUACAAUGAGCUUGGAUCUGUAAUGACCGUGACAAGCUGGGACCAAGUUAAAGGCUCAUUCAAAGGAAAGUACUUCUCUGCCGUUGGUGAGGCCGAGAAGGAAUAUGACCUUGUUGGUAGGUUCGAUACUGAUGGAGACACAUUAGGAUGGGCUGUAUCGUACCAAAACAAGUAUCGUAAUGCUCAUUCCACCUGCACUUGGUCCGGACACAUGAACGAGGAUUUCGAAAAACCAGUCAUUCUGACUACGUGGCUGCUGACCCGCCAAACGCCUCCCGAAGAUGAUUGGGAAUCAACCAGGGUUGGAUUUGAUACCUUCACUCAGGAUCCUCCAGACGAAGAAACCAUCGCAAGAGCCAAACUCCGUCGCCAGUGCAGCCAUCCAAAAAGUGAAGAAAAAUAAGAAGCUACUGGAACUGCUGCAUGCUAGCUACGAUUUUUAAGACUAUAAGUACAAGUUAUAUGUAAUCGUUUGGUUUCAAUAAAAUUGCAUAGACGGAAAUUUGAAUACGUCACUUUUUAUAACUAUCACUCAAACAUGCAAGGUACGUAUAUUCAAGCCCUGUCGUGUUGAAGAGAAAUGACCGUAAUAAACAAUAUUUACAUUACAUAUUACUUUCCAAAACCGAAGCGUCAAAGCCAAGUGCGUGGAUCAUGUUUAUUACGACGUUUACCUCAAUUGAAAGGAGUGACCAAGUCUUUUACCUCACUUGCCCGACUGUCCAAAAUGCGGGGGAACGAUAUGAAAAACAUGGGGCCACUUUGAGUAGGGUCACGUUAGGGGUGUGUCAGAGGUAUGACACCCCAAAUUUUGUGAAAUUAGCCCAAAAAGCAUGUAAGAGGCAAAUGGUCGGUCCCGUGCACAUAUAUACACUUCUCAACGAAAUAAAAAGCUCUUGAUAAAAUAUCCUAGACUAUAUUUGGCAUAAGACACUCCGACUACAUCAUCGUUCACUAAUCCUGCUUCACAACGGUUGACAUACUUAUCUUUGAAUUAUAAUAUACUAAUACUGUCUAUAUAUUAUCAGCUCACAAACGACGAGACUGAGAGAAAACAGCCAGUAAUUUACAGUUGAAUUUGUGUAUAGAAUUUAAUAAGAGUUUGUUUAUGGCUAAUUUCGGAAUGAUCACGAGCUAUGACAUUGGCAAGUUAAUCUCCUUUUCUCAGCGUGCAUGCAAUAUCGUUGGCCAUGGCGGUAUCAAUUCAAGCUAUCAGUCAUCGAUAUAAGAUAGUGCAAUGGUGCAGUCGCUUUCGAAGAAAUCCGAGCUAUGUAAGCCUUGUUUACACUACAAUUAAUUUAUUUGCACGGCGCGCCUAAAAUUAGUACCCUUGCACAGUUUUAUUAGUGCUUAGGCUUCCGUUACAAAGGCCGAGCGCUAAUGAAAUUGGUAUGGCUAACCAUUUAAAGCCGUGCCGUACCAACAAAUUGACAAUAGUGUACGUAAACGGGGCUAUAAACUGUAA